AUGGGUGUAGAGGAUGAUAAACCACCCACAAAACGUUUGAAGGUUUCUUCUAGAGAAUCAGUUAGAGAUCAAGAAAGUUGUUCAGUAAGUCACUCAAUGGCUCGUCUGUUAGCAUCUCAGGAGGAGGAUGAGGUUGUUGGUUCAAGAGGUGUCAUUAAGAAAGUAGAACUUGUUCGGAUUAUAACUGAAGCAUUGUAUUCUCUUGGGUUUUCCAAGUCAGGGGCGUGCCUUGAGGAAGAAUCAGGAAUACCUUUGCACUCUACUAAGGUAGAUAUAUUUGUGCAGCAGAUUCUUGAUGGUAAAUGGGAUGAGAGUGUCAUGACAUUGCAUGAAAUUGAUCGAAUGGAUGAAAGUAUAGUUAAGCUGGCAUCUUUCACAAUAUUGGAGCAGAAAUUUUUUGAGCUUUUGGAUGGAGGAAAAGUCAUGGAUGCUUUGAAGACUCUUAGGACCGAGAUUGCACCCAUUUGUGUUAAUAAUGGCUAUAAAGUCCGAGAGCUUUCCUAUUACAUGGUGUCUCCAUCCCAGAAUUCACUUGAAAAGGCUGAUCGAGAAUCAAGACUCAAAUCUCGUAGAAAAUUACUGGAGGAACUGCAAAAGUUGCUUCCUCCAACUGUAAUAAUUCCAGAAAACAGAUUGGUGCACCUUGUUGAAAAGGCUAUUGACUUGCAGAAAGAUGCUUGUAGGUUUCACAACUCCACAGUUGGAGACAUAUCAUUGCUCACAGAUCAUCACUGUGGAAGGGACCAGAUUCCAUGUCAAACAUUGCAGAUAUUACAGGAACAUAGCAAUGAAGUCUGGUUCUUGCAAUUUUCACACAACGGGAAAUAUUUAGCUUCAUCAUCAAGUGAUUGUCUAGUGAUUAUAUGGGAGGUUAAGGCUGACAGCCAAGUUUCAGUUAGACACAGACUAAUUGGUCACCAGAAACCGGUUUCGUAUAUCUCAUGGGGCCUUGAUGAUCACCAAAUCCUUUCAUGUGGAUUUGAGGAGACCAUUAGACGGUGGGACAUUGUCUCUGGUGAAUGUCUUCAGAUAUAUGAAAAAAGUGGUCUUGGCUUUGUCUCUUGUGGCUGGGGUUUGGAUGGGAAUAGUAUAUUUUCUGGUGUUACUGAUAAGAGCAUCAGCAUGUGGGAUCUUGAAGGAAAAGAAUUAGAAUGCUGGAAAGGGCAGAAAUCUGUUAAGAUUACUGACCUGGGGAUCUCUAGUGGUGGGAAAGAGCUUGUCACGGUUUGCAAAGACACCACGAUACUGUUAUUCAAUUGGGAGACAGUGACAGAGAAAUUCAUUGAAGAAAGUCAAACAAUAACGUCGUUUGUACUUUCUAGGGAUAGAAAGCUUUUGCUUGUUAGCUUAUGGAAUGAAGAACUUCAUCUUUGGGACAUCGAUGGCUGCCCCAGGCUGGUAUCGAAGUAUAAAGGCCACAGACGUUCACGUUUUGUCGUGCGGUCUUGUUUUGGUGGGCUGGAACAAGCUUUUAUCGCGAGUGGAAGUGAGGACUCACAGGUUUACAUAUGGCACAGACCCUCGGGAGAGCUCAUCAUGACUUUGGUCGGGCAUUCUGGGGCCGUGAACUGUGUCAGCUGGAAUCCAGCUAAUCCACAUAUGCUUGCCUCAGCAAGCGAUGAUCGAACUAUAAGGAUAUGGGGACUGAACAAGGUAAACUUGAAUUGCAACGGGAGGAAUGGUGAUACUGUUCACUACUGCAAUGACAAAAGUUGA